AUGAAAUGCAAGUGCCCAAAGGACCCAGCCAUGUCGCCGGGCACAUCACCCUCGAUAGACGCAGAGCGCACUGAACUCCUCGGCUCCCUAACUACCGAGCAGCAACAACGCACCAGCGCCAGAGUUAUUAAAAAGCUUCGAUUAGAACCACCAAGCGAUAGAGACAAGAGGCCUUUGAAGAAAGAAGGAACUGACGAUUUACCAGAAUGCGAUACUCCAAACAAGAUAGACGAGAAAGAGCUCAAGUUUCCCACCGUUAAGCAACGGAUGCCCAAGGCAUUAUGGUCUAUUGACGAAAAGAACUUAUUCUUCGAGGCCCUGAACGAGUACGGAAAGGAUUUCGAUGCUAUCACCGCCUACAUAUGCGCUAAAAUGAAGAAGAAGGGGAUGCCAGAUAACCUUAAGACCAAGACUCAAGUCAGCCAUUUUUAUUAUAGAACGUGGCAUAAGCUCUCGAAGCAUGUUCAUUUUGAUGAAAACGUGAAGAAAGUUGCCCAAGAACUGUACGCGUUGAUAAACUAUGGAGAACUUCGCAAGAAGCUGGUCUCGGUAAGUGAGAAGACGUGCGCGCGCCUCGGGGAGAUGGUGCUGUGCGGCAGCAUCGUGGUGCGCGCGCGCGGACGGAACAUGCGCGUGCGCACGCCCAUGUGUAGAGCACUGCGACGUCUUAACCAGAUAACAGAGGUGGCGCUGGGCGCGCGCGUGUGCGGGCGCGCGCAGGUGGUGCUGCGGGCGCGCUCGGCGGGCGCGUGGGCGCGCGUGCUGGGCGCCGCGCACAACCCGCGCGCCGCGCUCGCGCUGCCGCUGCGCGCGCGCCUGGCCGCGCUGCUCGCCGCGCUGCACCGCCGCUGGCGACCGAACUCUCUUGCCAUGCUAUCUGAAGACAAGGAUUCUGAAGAAAUGCUAAAAGAUCAAGAAGAUUAUGCCGAAAUUAGCCAUCGGCUGUGUGAAGAGAAGGAGCUGAACAGGGAACUCGAAGACCAUCUCAACCUGGAGACAGAUAGAAUUAUUGUCGAAGAGCAAACUAGUGGAAAAAAAUUAGCCCUCCAUCUGGGCCCAAGGCCAGAUGCUCAGAUCCACCUGCCUGUGAUCAGCCCCAGCGAACAGUUGUCCAGCCAGAAGAUCUGUUUCUCGUCUUACCUGGAAAGGAUGGGUUCCCAGAGAGACAAGGACGGUGGCGCGAAAAUUCGAACACCAAAGCGCACACGCAAAGACAGUACAACAGACAAAGAGAAAGAAAUAGAACAGAAGAAGUUUAAAAUUGAGGAUCCUGAAAAACUUAUCAAUAUAGAAGAGACCGCCAUAGACGGUAUCGAACUGAUGGCGAACUAUAAAAAUCAUCAAGAGGACGAAGAAAAGCCCAGCACAGAGGAUGAGAAGGAACGAGAGAUGACUGAAGAAGAUGGAGAUAGGGAUAUAGCCGAAAGGUAUAAAGACAUAUCAGAAAGAGACAAAGACAUUUCAGAAAGGGACAAGGACAUGUUAGAGAGAGAUAAAGAUAUGUCAGAAAGAGAGAAAGACAGUUUUUCAGAGCUGGAGGAUGAUGAGAAGUAUAAUAAGAGUGACACAGACAAUGAGAGCGAUCAGGGCAAAGACAAGAGUGGAAAAGACAACAAGUUCAAGAAUUUGAAGGUUAAAUUUCGUAUACGACCAAAGAAACGCGGAGGCAGUAUGUACACCCUCGUGAUGGAGAACUCCGAGGAAGUGAAGAGUGAGGAGCCCAAAGCUGAGGAGCCGAUCAAAGUCGAGGAUGAGCCUAAGCCCGACAUCGACGUGGACCUGGCCCUCAGGCAGAUCAGGAAGGGCUGGAGCGUGUACGACGCUGGUGAUCUUACUAUUGGCGACUUAUAUCUUAUGUUCGGAUCCCGGUCCAAAGUUGAACUAGAUUAUUGGUGGGCCGAACCAACGCCCCCACUGCCACAGUCACAUCGCACACCAACAAUAUCAGAAAAAGACAAAAGUUGCGACAAGAAAGACAAACCGGAUAAAGUACCAGACAAACCACCCGAUAAACCCGACAAAUUGCCAGACAAAUUGGAUAAAGCCACUGAAAAGGUCGACAAAGUAGCCGACAAAUUGGAUAAGAUACCCGAUAAAGGUGCCGACAGCUCGUUGGAGGAUGAAAAAGAGAGAGCUAGAGAGAGUGACAACGAUAUACUCUCUCCAAAGAACACUUAUAGCCAAGAUAGUAACGAUGGGAUGUCGGGGGAUGAAAGAAAAAGUGAACAGCUAGCAUCACCAGACCACAAGUCAUCAUCAUCGUCGUCAGGAACGUUCAAGCUGGUGAGCAAGCUCAUCAACAGGCCACAGGGCCCUGCGCCACCGAACGGAUUCUCUUUGUUGAGUGACAGACUGAAGCGGUUGCUGGCGUUGGCGGGCAACCCACACGUCACCACCAGCUCAGCGGCCACCAUCGCGAGGUGCAACUGUGGACAUGUUUGCCCACAGCAGAGGAAACAGCUGCGGGCGCCGGCGCGCGAGGAGGGCGCGGGGGGAGCGGGGGGAGUGUUCCGCGCGCCGCCGCCCAUCGCGCCGCGCCCCGACCCCGAGGUAUCUAAAACGGACAUGAUGCUGGAGGGCAUCCCACGCUGGCGCCGCGGGAGGCCUCGCGUCACCGACCGGCGGGUGGUGGUGCAGAGGCUGCUGCCGCUGUUGCCCAAACUCCCCGCCCCUACCAAUCCUGUGCCAGUUAAACUGACGCAGAGUGCCCCUCCAGUUCCACCCCGUAUACUGCCGAAGCCACCCCCCACUUCUACUUCUGAUUUGUCAUUCUUCUACGUGUUGAGUGAGUCGAACGGACAGUUCUACUUCCACGACGGUGACCGCCGCAUUCCCAUCACACCGCUAUCGGGCAACGGGGAACAGCAUGCUGCAGAUGGACCCAACCAUUCCGGGUCUAAAUCCAACGGUGUGAAGGCCGAGGGGGCUGGUCGCUCCGGCGACGUGGACAACGUAACGAAGCAAGAGGACGAUGCGGACGCUGACCCUAAGUCUGAACAGAUCGACGUCACACCGGAUUUCCUCCCUUCGGAGUCCAUGUCGCUGUCGCCCUCGCGCCUGCUACACGACGCCGAGGGCUGGUUCGACAGUUCAGGGCAGGACUUUUCCCUCAGCAGCUUCCUGGGACACCUGGAGGGGCGGCCGCAGCCGGACCUCGCUGUGGAGUCCCAACUACAGUCAUUGAUGGCGGAGUCGAGCGUGGACUACGUGGCCAAGUUCGCGGACCUCGCGGCCGAAGUCACCGACGAGCCCGACCCCAAGGGCGAUGACCUCACCUAG